AUGCUGCAGCUGCUGCUCCUCUUCAUCUUUGCUCUGCCUCUGUGUACUGUCUCUACUCCGGUUGACCGCCCCUUUGAGCUACAGCGUCGGAGCUGUCCUCCGUUCUGGUACAGUUUCAAUGGCCGCUGCUACAAGUAUGUCGCCACAACGAUGACCUGGGCUGAUGCAGAGCUGCACUGUUUGUCACAGAGAGCCAACUUGGUCUCCAUUCGCAACCAGGCUGAAAAUAACUUUGUCAAAACUUUGAUCAGGAACUUUGACCACUCUGAGGGUCUGACCUGGAUUGGACUCAGUGACGUUCACAAAGAGAGACGAUGGUUGUGGUCUGACGGCUGUCCUGCCAGAUAUUUCUUUUGGGCCGCAGGAGAACCAAACAACAACCAGAAUGUUGAACAUUGUGUCCAUAGCAAUUUUGGUCCACAAAAAAGAUGGAACGAUGUUAGAUGUUCUGCAGUGUAUCCCUCUGUUUGUGCCACUCGUGUGAACUGUGUUUAG